UUUACAAGUCUAUAGAUUCUAGUUUAUUUUCGUUCUGCCAUUUCUGACUUUGACAAUUUCUAUCAAGACGACAACAUCUGAUUCUUGAAGUGUCAUCAAUUUUCUUCGAUACUGGAAACGCAAGCAGAAUAUACUGAUUCCACAGAAAUUAUUGUGGGCAGUUUUUGCCCGUGACUCCAGUAACUUGUGAGUGGUCCCAACCAGUGGAAUAUCUCGAUGGUGGUGACGGAUUCGCUAUUGUUCCCCCCGUCUGCCAUGAUGAAAGUCCGCGUCACUAAUAUGAGCGGAGUGGAUGCAGUAGCCGAAGUUGGCCGAGAUUGGACUUGUGAUAAGGUUAAACUGUCCCUGGAACACUUGCUUGACCGUCCGGCAUCCUUGACCGGCCUGGGUUCAGAUGCUAUGAAGAACUCACUCCAUUACAAACUGGUGCUUGUCCGAUGUGGGAAGACUUUGUCCAACGAUCUCUCCAUAGGCCAGCAAGGGGUUAAAGAUAACGAUGAAUUGCUCUUACUGAAAAAACGACCAGACGUUCCUUGUAUAGGAACAGACAGGCAGAGAGAAGACAAGAAAGUUGCAGACAUAGCAACGAUACGUAAAGCCACUGCCCAUCUGGUGAAGAAACACCAUGAACAGCCCGAAGAGGAGGCGAGCUCUAGUCUCGAUUUUCAGAGUGAACUACGUCGAAUUCUCAUAUCUCUGAUCGAAGCCUCGCAACGCAUCCUGUGUCUCAACCCAGAAGCUGCCAAGAUUUUUCAGCAAGCUGAGGAGAUGUUGAACGAGGCUCCGGCACGUAAGAAUGGGCUGGCAGAGUCCAGUGUGAAGCAGCUGACAGACAUGGGUUUUCCAGAGAACCGAGCGAGGAAGGCACUGCUUCUGAAUCAGCAGUCUGUGAUGUCGGCCAUGGACUGGUUGCUGACCAACGAGUCGGAUCCCAACAUAGAUCAGCCACUGCCGGGGCAGGAGGAGCCAGAGCCUGAGGUGACCGAGGGGGAAGAGGGCAUGACCCAGGGUACAGAGGGUUCCUCGGACGAUCAGCUAGUGGGAGCCACCGGAGGGGCAGAGGGUCCGAGGUUCAAGAACAUUCUGGAGACGAUCAGGGCCUUCCAGAGAAGGGAGUUCAGGCCGAACCCAAGGGCUCUACAAAACCUGCUGGAGAUGGGGUUUGCUGAGAAGGAGGCAAUCCACGCUCUCAGGGUGUCUAGGAAUAGCCAGGACGCUGCUUGUGACUGGCUGCUAAGUGACCGUAAGGAGAAGCCAGAGAGCGUUGACCAGGGCCUGGAUGUCAAUAGUCCCGUCUACAAGGCCAUCCUGGCAAAUCCGUCCGUCCAACUGGGGCUUAACAGUCCUCGGUGUCUGCUCGCCUUCCUGCAGAUGCUGGAGAACCCCAUCAGUGCUAGUCAGUGGCUCAAUGACCCUGAGACCGGCCCUCUCCUCAUGCAGAUCUCACGAAUCUACCACUCGGAGAAAUUCACUCCCUUCUGUCCAGGCGGAGGUACCGAUACAACCGAGAUCAGCUGAGGUCUCUGUGGACGGCGGGGUAGACAUUAGAGCCAUGGACAUCUUAUCCUCACUGGAAAAAUAAAAGGCAAAAGAGUCCAGAGAGACUAAUCGCUGCCUCAGAAUUACCAAGCUCUAUCUGACAUUUUUGACCGUUUCGAGUUACGAAGACUAUGAGCUCAAAAAUAAGUUCUCUAUCUUCCUGAUCAAAAUUGUAAGGGUAUUUGGAGGCGUGGUCAAGAUAUUCAAAGAAUUGCAUUUGGAAAAGCUUAACAUGUUGUGAAACUCAAAAAUUUUGAUGUCAAAUUUCUCAAAACUAGAUACUGAGCAGAUUGAACUUCGUAAUUCUGAAUAGUGUAAUAGUACCUUAAUAGGAGGAGAAUUUGCUCUGAAUGGAAAAAGAAAUGGCAAAAGAGGCUGGGGAGGCUAAUGGUAACUUAAUGGGAGUGCUCUGAAUGGAAGAAUAAAUGGCAAAAGAGGCAGAGAUAGACCAAGUAUAACUUACUUACAGAACUUUAAACAGGUGGGUGAUGGGAAAAGAUGAGAAAUACUACACAGGUUUUUUGAGAGCAUCUGA